GAGAUGCAGUGGUGCUGCGCGAAUCUGCCUCUGGACUGUCUUCCAGAAAAUGGGACGGCGGCCGCUCCGGCAGCAGCGGGGAGUGGGUCUGUUUCGGCGCCGAACGUCACCAAAGCUGUGGCCGAGGCGAGCGCGGACGCAGCCCCUGCGGCGGAGCCCGAGGCGAGCGCGGACACAGCCCCUGCGGCGGAGUUUCCGGCCGCGGCGACUGCCGACAGCACCGCCGCACCAGCAGCGGAGGAGGAGCCGGCCAGCACGACGGAGGACACCGUACCGACGGCGGCAGCUGCAGAGGCGCCCGAAGCCACAGAUGCGAGCCCGAGCACCCCUCCGCCGCAGGCAUCGAUCCCGGAGGGCACGACGACCUCGGUGGCCAAUGCGAGUGCACCCGAGGCAACAGCUUCGAGCCCGGCCACCACCUCGGCGGCCACGCCGAGCGCCCUG